CGUCGCACUGACACAACUCCCUUCUUUUCUUCUUCUCGCAACAUUAUCGUCGUCUAGACAUCAAUCCUAUCCCCAACGCCCCUCUGGACCUUCACUGCCAGCCUCUCACCGCCGCACAUCUCGGCUGUUCUACGUCGUGCCAAGCUAUCUCGGAGCAUUUCAGCUCUUCGGGUCCUUUUUUGCCUCGCCUCGCCCUUCACAUCGACCCACACAUACAUAGCUAGAGUGAGAAGCCGCCGCCGCCGCCGCCAACAACCAUACAGGUCACAUUAAGCAGUCGUCGUCAUGCCGGAUUCUCUGACGUUCACCGAGCAUCAUUAUGCCGCAGACAGCAAGCUCCAGAGGUUGGGAGUUUGGGAAUUGCCCCAAACCGCAGAGAAUGCGUCCGGGUACUGGAUAAUCUAUCUCCACGGCGGUGCUUGGCGUGACCCCCGCAAGACUUUUCAUGAUUUUGAGCAUUCGAUCGACGAAAUCGCCAAGACUGGCUCCGUUCCCAAGUCCGAGAUUCGCGGCUUCGUCGGUAUUGACUACCGCCUCUCCCCGCACCCUCUCUUCCAGCAAGACCCCGCCGUCACCCCUCCGGCGGAACUUCGUCUCGCUCAACAUCCGGACCACCUCCGUGACAUCUGGUCGGCCCUCGCCUUCUUGCAGCGCGAGUACGAUAUCCAGGACCGUUACAUCCUGAUUGGUCACUCGGCCGGCGCUACCUUGGCCCUCCAGCUGCCGAUGGGGCCUGUUGCUCUCGGCGCCGCCCCACCAUCCGAAGUCAAGAUGCCGGCGGCGUUUAUUGGCGUGGCCGGCAUCUACGAGUUGCAUGACUUCAACGCCCGCCACGGCCAGAGCUAUACCCAGUUCAUUGCCGGUGCCUUUGGCGAAGACCAGAAGUCCUGGAACAAGGUCGUGCCGGCCACCUUCUCGGGCAGCUUCAAGGACGCCUUACCUGCGCAGAAUCUUAUCUUGCUGGCGUGGUCUCCCGACGACUCGCUCGUGGACGAGCCCGAGAUCGACGGCAUGGCGUCUAAGUUGAAGAAGGACGGCGUCGAAUGCACGGUCGCCAAGAAUCUCACCCACGAUCACGACUUCGCCUGGGAAGAUGGCAAGCAAAUUGCGCGACUGCUUUCAGAAGCCCUCGAUUUGUUGAGAAAGAAGUAGAACAAGGCGCCAUAUAAGUAGCAGACUAACAGACCAUGUUCUUCUUUCUUUCCUAAGCCUUACACGUCGAACGACAGAUAUGCUAGCAUGUCAGGUUGGUCGGUGACCUGCUUGCAAAGAUGCCGCUUUUUGUAUUUGCUGCCAGCUACGUACGAUACCCGCGGCCUUCCCUCUCGAAAUCUCUUCGCAAC